CUUUUACCUCGUUGUUACACACCCGAGUACCGGGGUACUCACCACUAGUUUUUCUUAAUUCUUGAUUGCCUACUACAGUUCCAUGAAAACAAAUAGAAGUAGGGUCUCCGAGCGCUACACAGGUAGCGCGCGGUCAGUUUAGCCUCUCGGCGACCGGCAUAUGUUCAAAAUUACCAAGCUGUGCGUCAUUAAGAAUCGCGUUAUUGAGGAGAACAGACGUGUACAUACAACGGAACGAACCAGGACUACGUGUUGAGCGCCCAGGAGCGCGUUGGUAGAGCGUCGCCUCUUUUCUCUUCAAAUUCAUCGCUGUGUGAUAAACACUUGAUUUUCAACAUUUCUGUGACUUGUAAUAAUUAUUCAUCAGUGCAGGAAUUAUUCAUCAUGGAGGAAGAACUAUCGAGAUCUGAAUUUGCAAGAUUGAAUCAUGUUCAAAGAGAUACGUUUUUGAAACGUUUACUUGGUGACGAUGAAGAAUCAGAGUUCGAAGACGAUAGUGAAGAUGAGGAUUGGCUGCCGGGUGAAGCCCUAGCCGAAGAACCGCUAUCAGAUACGGAAAAUGCUGACGAGGCGCCCGAAGGAGAAGGGGAGGGCGAUGUUGAGUCCGACGAAAGCGAGAGCGAAAGCGAGAGUCAAGCGGCAGGUACGUCAGCAACAGACGAAGCAGGUACAGAAAAUGAUAAUGCGUACAUAGCGAAAGAUAAAACCGUUUGGAGUAAGACGCCGCCUCAAGUACGUCAAACUCCUUCUCACAAUGUUUUACGGCAAAGAAGUGGCCCACACAGAUCUACAGAAAGUUUAUCGGUACAAGAUACUUUCAAAACAAUUAUUACAGUCGAAAUGGUAGAUCUUAUUGUUUGCUAUACUAACAACAAAGCUACCAAAGUGUAUAAUAAUUAUAACGGGAAUAAUCCAGAUUCACAGCGAUUGUGGAAGCCAAUAACUAUACAAGAAAUGUAUGCGUUUAUUGGGGUCAAAAUUUGGUGGAUUUGCGAUGCCGAGAAUGCAUACCCUCUAAAUGGGAUUAUUUAUUCAGGAAAAACUGGAAAUGUUCGUGAAAAAAAUCAAGGAGAGAGAGUUGUAAAGGAACUUGCAGUACCAUUCAGAGGAAGUGGCAGAAAUAUUACUAUGGAUAAUUAUUUUACUACGUUACCACUUGCAAAACAUUUACUGUCAUGGAAAUUAACUAUUGUUGGUACGUUGAGAAAAAAUAAGCCUUACAUCCCAAAACAAAUGGCUCCUCAUAAAUCUAGAGAAGAAUACUCUACUCUCUUUGGUUUUCACGAACAUGUUACACUUUGUUCGUACGUGCCAAAGAAGAAUAAAGCCGUAAUUUUACUAUCGACAAUGCACUCUGAUGCUGCUGUGAAUGAUGAUGGAAAGAAAAAGCCUCACAUGAUCACUUAUUAUAAUAAAUAUAAAACUGGUGUAGAUACAAUGGAUCAAAUGGUAACUCGAUACACUACGCGCAGGCGCACUCAGAGAUGGCCUCUUGCUAUGUUCUUCAAUAUAUUAGACGUAGGCGCUCUUGCUUCAUAUGUAAUUUAUUAUGAGAAUAACAAAAUGAUACAAAGGAAGACUAAUCAGCGACGUACUUUCUUGCGUCAACUGAGCGAAGAACUAGCGAAACCUUUCAUUGAGGAUCGUUCUAAGAAUGCCCAAAUAAUGCGCAACUACAAUACGAAAAUUGCGAUUGAAAGCGUGAUUGGAUUACAGCUUGAUCCUUCCACUGUUCCUGAAAGACAAGCUCAACCUCGAGAUAGUACUGGCAGGAAAAAAAUUACAGGUUCUUGUCAUAUUUGCUAUAAAGGAACAAUCAAAAGACGCAGGAAAACGCGAAAAUCUUGUUCGGUUUGCGCGAGACCUGUCUGCGAUGAGCACUCUUUGUCGAUAUUCAAAUGUAUCGAUUGCGCUGAAUAA